UGCUAUACAAAAAUAUCGUGAAGCUGCUAAAAAAACUAAUGAUCCUGCUAUUCAAAUUCAAUAUGCUAAAUUUCUUUUACAUAUGAUUGAACUUCGUAAUUCAAAUCUUUCUAAAAAUUUGGAUAAUAAUUUGGAUAAUAAUUUGGAUAAUAAUUUGGAUCAAGAUGAUGCUACUACUACUAAAUUAAUUCAAGAAGCUAUAUAUUGGAUUAAAUUACUUGCAAAAAAUGAUUAUCCUGAAGCUUUAUAUAUUAAGGGUACUUGGUAUGAAUAUGGUCUAUAUGGAAAAGAAAAGAAUGAUGAUAAAGCUUUCAAACUUUAUCAAACUUCUUCAAAAAAAGAUUUUCCAAAAGCUAAAUUUAAAGUUGCUUUUUAUCAUGAAAAGAAAGAAGAUUAUAAACGUGCUAUACAAUUUUAUAAAAAAGCUGCUGUACAGGUAUAUAUGUUGGGUGAAUUUAAACAAGGUGUAGAUUAUAGACAAUCAUUAAUAUAUUUAAAACAAGCUGCUUCAAAUGCUAAUGAAGAUUGUCCUGAUGGCGCUUAUGUUUAUGGAAUGAUAUUAGCGAAAGAAUGGGAUAGAGCUGAUGUUCCUGAUGAACUUGUAGCUCCUGAUGAUCAUGAAGCAAGAGAAUUAAUAUUUAAAGCUGCAAAUUUAGGUCAUAUUCCAGCUUUAUUUAAAAUUGGUCAAUGUUAUGAAUUUGGUUCUUUAGGUUAUCAAUCUGAUCCAAUUUUAUCCGUUGAAUAUUAUAAAAGAGCUGCUGAAAAAGGUUAUGUUGAAGCUGAUAUGGCUUUAAGUAAAUGGUAUCUAUGUGGUGCCGAAAAUUUUGAACAAAAUGAAGCUCUUGCUUAUGAACAUGCUGAAAAAGCUGCUUUAAAAGGUUUACCCACGGCUGAAUUUGCUAUGGGUUAUUUUCAUGAAAAUGGAAUUCAUGUUCCUAAAAAUCCUGGCGUUGCUAUGAUUUGGUAUACAAAGGCUGCAUCUCAUGGGGAUGAGGAUGCAAGGAAAAGGCUGGCACUUGGUGAUGAUAAUACUGUUGUUACUCGUAAAGAUAAUGAACUAAACCAAUUAAAAAAGGAAAAACGUCCUGAUAAAGACAAAGAUUGUGUUAUUCAAUAA